AUGACUGAGGAAUUAACGAGACGGUGGGAGAAAUUACGGAUCACAAAUGAUGAGGAGGAUGUUGCAAUUUUGGAGAAGAAUGAAGUGGAUCGCUCGGUAGACAAUAUUGACCUCUCAUUAGUUGGGAAAGUAUUGUCAAUCAGACCAUACAACUUUGAGGCUAUGCAGAACACCCUGAAGAAGGUAUGGUCGUUAUCUAGAGGAGUAAUAUUUAGAAAGAUUGAGAACAACCUUUUCAUCAUUCAAUUUUUUCAUUGGAAGGAUAGGGAGAAAAUUCUGAACGGAGAACCAUGGAUAUUUGAUAACAAUGUUGUUAUAUUGAAGGAGACUAAUGGGGCAGAACAACCCGAGUCGAUUGAUAUGAGAUUAUGCCCUUUCUGGAUUAGAUUAUAUAAUUUACCACUUGAUUGUCGAUCGAAUCGAGAUGUUAAAACUAUUGCAGAGAAAGUGGGAUACGUUCUGGAGGUGGAAGAUGAUUUGCUCGGGUGGGAUAGAUCAAGAAGGGCGAGGAUCCUACUGGAUACCACGAAACCUAUACGGAGGAUUCAAAAGAUCCGAAACAAAGAGGGUAUAGACACAUAUGUUCAAUUUAAAUAUGAACGUCUACCGAAUCUCUGUUUCUCGUGUGGUAUUCUUGGUCACACUGAGAAGGACUGCCCUAAUGAGGAGGGAGAUGAAGAGGGGGAGGGGAAACAAUGGGGUAUGUGGCUAAGAGCAUCUCCACGGAAGGGUCUAUCACAAAAAAAGGAAGAGAUGGACAGGUUGCAUGGUGGUAGAAACCUGGUAUUCACCCAUAAGCCCAAUAUGGGAAAUCAUAGGGAGGAAGGGGGUAAGAUUGUGCAAAGUGGCAAGGGUAAGGAAAGAGAGGCUCAGGUGGUGGUACUUAAUGAUGAAAAGUACAACAACCAAGGUGAUAAUAGAUUGACACCCUUAAUAUCCAAGCACAAAAACCCUGUAAAGGGGCAAGAUGAGGGGGAAGAAGAAUUAGAAUGCAAUCCCACUCAAGAUGCAACCGAUACAGAGAGGCCCCAACUAGGUAUGCAUCCGAAAGGUGAUGAAACUGUGCAAACUGCGGAUAUGGGUAUUAAGAAAAGAGGAUGGCAAAGAAUUGACAAAAUGCACAUGGGUUACACAGGUGAGAUAAGAAAAAAAGGGGCAAGUGGAAAGAGUGAGGCAGGGAACAAGAGGUCUAUGUGGGAUAAUGACAAGGAUGGGGAGUUGGUAAUGCAGGUGGAGGGGGAAAAGAGAAGAAAGAAGGAGGGCGAUGGUGUAACCGGGGACGGUAAUAUCUAA